AUGUGUAGUAGGAUUUUAAUCGAUCGAAUCGAAGCCAUCGUCUUGAUGAUGCUGACCGAGAUUUCCUCCGGGAUUCCGCCGAUCAUCGCUUAUUCUCCUCCCACGGUGAACGACCUGCAAUCUUUUGCGGACGAUGAAGCGGUACACGAAGAGGCCCAUUUGGCGGAUUCUCAAGAAAGCACUGAACAUUCCUCGGGGGUGGAGGAAAGGGCAGAUCCUCAGGAUUCCAAUAAUCCGGCCGAAUCAUCGACAUCUACGGUGCAUCGUACCUCCUCCAUUGAUUUCGCGUCCCAGAGGAGCAGAGUGAAGCUCGCCUCGGUUAUGACCACCUUGGCUCGGGUCCAUCGUCUUCUCAUCUCGAAGAGUAGCCAGACCAGGAGAUCCUUGUACUAUGAACUUCAAGGUGGAUCCACAGCCUCUUUGGCUCCGGACCAGAGAUACGUGGAUCGCGUCGUCCAUGUUGUUGCAAACUUACUGGAGUGUCCCUCUUGGGAUCUCGGAUUAUUAACGACGGCCAAGGGCCUUGCAGCGGGCAACCUCGUCCUGACAUUAAUCAGCGACGACAGAAUUAAUUUUAAUAGUCCCGGAGGAGCAUUAAUUCCCCAAAUUGCGUCCAAUGUCACUUCUUUAAGGACGAGGGCCGACUUCGUCCUGGUCGUCGAAAAAGACGCGAUUUUUCAGAAACUCCUCGAACAGGAUUUCCCGCAGGCGCUGAACUGCAUCCUUAUCACUGGGAAAGGAUAUCCUGACGUGGCCACAAGGAUGUUGGUGAAACUCCUUUCCACCGAGCUUGCACUUCCGGUUUAUGCCCUCGUUGAUGCGGAUCCAUUUGGCAUAGAGAUCAUGUGCACGUAUCGGUUUGGCUCCAUCAGCAACGCUCGGCACCAGGAAAGUUUGGCUUGUCCUGAGAUGCAAUGGCUGGGGGUUCAUCCUUCGGAAUUAUUUCCCCUAGGGGUCCAAAUUACUCAACUGACCACCAUGGAUAUCGCGAAACUAAAAACCCUGGAGCGUCGAUCUUACCCGAUUAAGAACCUCCAGCAGGAGCUGGACAUCCUUUCGAGGGGAAAAGCAGAAAUCGAGGCGAUCGCAGGAGUCUCUCACACCUUCCUGGCGAAAGCCUACAUCCCCGUAAAAAUCGGGGCUAAAGACUUCUUCUAG